CCUCACCUGCCCGAGAUGGACGGAGUCACGGAGUUCACCGAGUACGUCUCGGAGACGGUCGAUGUGCCGUCAUCCUUUGACCUCCUGGAGCCCCCGACCUCUGGAGGUUUUCUGAAGCUGUCCAAACCCUGCUGCUACAUCUUCCCCGGGGGCCGAGGGGACUCCGCUCUGUUCGCCGUCAACGGAUUCAACAUCCUGGUGGAUGGAGGGUCCGAUCGGAAGUCUUGCUUUUGGAAGCUGGUUCGCCACCUGGACCGGAUCGACUCCGUUCUGCUCACCCACAUCGGCGCAGACAACCUCCCAGGCAUCAACGGGUUGUUCCAGAGGAAGGUUGCGGAGCAAGAAGAGGCGCGCAACCAAGGAAGUGGGUCCAGUAGCCUGAUCUCUCCUGAGCUCGGGAUUGUGUUUUUUAACAUCCCAGAGAAGCUUCGAAUGCCCGAGUCCACGUUGAAAGUGAAGCGCAGCAUUGAGGAAGCAUCUCUUACCUUGCAGUACCUCAACAAGCUCGGUAUCACACCGGAGCCUCUUCACAGGGUGGUGGGCAACACUAUUGAACCCAUCACACUAUUCCAUAAACUUGGCGUGGGAAAGUUAGACAUGUAUGUCUUAAACCCUGUAAAGGAGAGCAAAGAGAUGCAGUUUCUCAUGCAGAAAUGGGCUGGGAACAGCAAAGCCAAGACGGGGAUUACGAUGGCCAAUGGAAAAGAAGGAGAAAUAUCGGUCCCCUAUUUGACAUCAGUUACCGCUCUUAUUGUUUGGAUUCCUCACCGUCCAACAGAAAGGAUAGUUAGGGUGCUCUUCCCUGGAAAUGCACCGCAGAAUAAAAUCUUCGAGGGCCUUGAGAAACUGAAACACCUCGACUUCCUGCGAUACCCUGUGGCUACCCAAAAAGAAAUGUCAUCCGGUGCACCUCCUCCCGUUAUCAAACAGACCAAAAUGAGAUCAAGAACUGACAGCAAAGAGAGUCUCAAGUCCUCACCGAAACCCCACUCUAAAACCACAAAGAAAGAAGCCGGCGGGCAGGAGGAAGAGUCCAAGAGUGAAAUCACCAAAGAGAAUAAAGUGGAAAAGAAGGAAGAGAAGAAAUUCAAAAGUCUAAAAGCCACCAAGCAACAGAAAAACAUUGAGGUGGCCCCCGUGGCAGCCAAGACAGAGAAAAAGAAAAUACCCAAGGAAAAAACUGCCAAGAAUGAGAAGGUGUCCAAGAUGGAUGAAAAGAAAGACAAAGAGAAAAAAGAAAUCAAGAAAGAGAAACAUGAAGUAAAGAAGGAUGACAAUAUAAGAAAAGAAGAGAAAAAGGAAAGUAAAAAGAAGGACCCGAGUAAACCGGAGCUGAGAAAAAUCACUAAACCUGACCUGAAGCCACUCACCCCUGAAGUGAGGAAAACUCUGCAUAAGGCGAAGACUCAGGCUAAGCCCAAGAUGGACAAAAACAAAGCCGUGAAAGAGGAAGCGCAUGAGAAAAAGCCAGUCCAGAACAUCCCCCAGGAGAUCGCAGCAGCAGCGUUGGCUGACAGGUCCAUCGUGUCCUCCCCAGAGGACCUCACUGAGGACUUUAAGGCUCUGAAGCUAGAAGAGAUGUCCAAAGUGAAGCCUGAGCCGAUCCAGAAUGACGUAGUGUUUGGUCAUUCACUGCACACGGAAACCAAAGUCCCGUCUUUAGUUUUCCAUGAUGAGAAAGUCUCAGCACCAGCGACUGAUGCAAAAUCGUCUUCGCCCAAAUCCCCCGUCGAGCCGAUAAAAGACGACAAAUACAAACAUGAUGCGGUGCGUGUUGCAGCCGCUGAAAAGGAAGAAGCGAGCAAUGGCUUUGACAAGAAGUACGAAGAGGAGAAAAUGGAGAAAUAUGACGAAUACCUUGCAGAGGACGACGUAAGGGACAGAUCGAAGAAGAGCGAAAGCUCAGAGGAGGAGGGUGACGUCAUUGAAAAAGCUGACCUCGAGGGAACAGAAGACGACGAGUUCCCGAAAUAUAAAACGGAGGAGGCGAAAAGGGAGAAAACUGGAAAGGAAUGGGACACCAAGCCGGCUGACGUCAAACCUCCGUCAGCCACAGCCCCGUGUGGCCAAGCAGCAGCCUCCGUCUCGGAGCAGUUCUCCUUCAUCCAGGACGAAACCAUCCCCGGCUACUCCGAGACCGAACACACCAUCUCUGACGAGGACAUCCACGAGGAACCGGAGGACAGGAUCCCGCAGCUGCACUACGACGUGGCCUCCUACGAAAUCUCUGUCCCCGACGUCCCCGGUACCUUUGACUCCAUGCACGGCAUAAAAGAGAUGAAGUGCCCCGGCCUGGCCGACGUCAAACCCAGAGCCUUCGCGGGAGGUCACGAGCAUGAACUCGCACAUUACCCCUCCGUCCUCGCCGCUCCUCUUGCGGAGGAGGAGCACAUCUCCUCGGCGACUUCCAUCACAGAAUAUGACAAACUGUCGUCCGUUGCCACGUCUGUAGCCGAGGACCAGUCGAUAGCCUCUGUGACGGCGGCUCAGACCGAGGAGGCCGGGAAGAACUCUCUCCUGCUGGACACCAUCAACAGUCUUCCCUCGCGGGCCGAGGCCGCCCAGGGGAAGGACUAUCUCCACUCGGCGGGAACCAUUUCGCCCACUUCUUCUCUGGAGGACGACAAGUGCUUCAAGUCUCCCUCCUCGGAUGAGUACCAGCCCAUCAUUCCUGAGAUGGAGGGUGAUGCAAAGAUCAAACUGGUCCACGAGGAAGACGACGAGGACGAGGAGGACGAGGAUGAGGACCAGACUCCGAACGUCGACUUCCCUCUGGGUAAACUGCAAGAGGGCUACGAACAUGCGGCCUUCAUGAUGCUCCAGGAGAAGCAAAAAUCUCCCUCUGACACUUUUUCUCCUCCUCCUCCUCUCUUUUCUACCUUGCAGUACUCUCCCACACAGGCUGUCAAAGAAAACCAAUCCCUCUUUAGCUCAGAGGAGUUUAAGACCGAUAUAAAGCCGAUUUCACCCCCUCCGCCUUUCUCCCCUAGGUUAGAAUUAGACUUCCACCUCAGGCAGGAGAGUGAGGAAAGAUGUCUAAGUCCAGAUGACAGCACCAUGAAACUGGCCUCACCCACACAGUCUGUCCCGACAAGCAGUGGCUACUCUCCGACAGAAGAGAAACCCUUUAAGAUAGAAGACAAAGAUGAAGCAGACAAAUCAGCCAAUGACAGCACCGCCUUUAUCGGGGACAAGACAGCGUCUGAGGAGUCCGAAGAAUCCAGUGAAGACAACGAGGAGGAAGAUGACUCUUACACCAAAAAGGACCUACAGCCCACUGUUAAGGCCAAGCUUAUGGAGGCAAAAGAAGGGUGCUUCCUGGACGACGACUUCGCCUCUGAGGCAAAAUCUACAAAGGUCGAAACAGAAGUCAAGAGCUCGGACAAGACGCAGGUGUCUUUCGGCACAGAGAAACCGCAGUCUGAAGAGAUGUACUCGGAUGAAGAUGAAGAAGAUGAACAAGAUGAUGAUUUCCAAAGUGGGGAAGGCUCCCAUAAGCCCUCCUCAACAGAUCAGAGUAAAGUAGACUUAGACAAAGAAAGCGAAGAGGAGAUCGAUGACGCUUUAAUGGAGCAAGAUAAAAGUGUUCAUUUCAGCCUCUACAAUUACCCGGAGAAGGAGGGCAAGGAAAAGGCCCUGUACAUAAGACAGGACACGCCCUACGUGCAUGGCAAAACAUUCUCUUACGCUGACAUAUACGGCUCAGAGGACUCUGAUUCGUAUCGCCAGGAGUCUUUCGAUAAAGCGGAGAAGGACUCUGCAAAAGGGGAAGUGGAUUCGCAGAAACCAGAGCCCACCCCGGCUCCGGUAGCAACCACGGACAAGAUGUCAGAGAAGGAAGGAUCGACUGUCUCUUCCGGAAAAGAGUCCCCAGUCUCACCGUGGCUCGACUCAAAGAGCACUUCUGCUAUCCCUCCAUAUGAAGAGGUCCAAAGAGAGGAGGCAUUCGGAUACGACGCAGGUAGCCGAUUCCCUUCGGUGGCUGACAGACCCGAGGCCUCGUCCACUUCUUUGUCGCCUGACGAUUCUUUGAGAAGCCAGACCGACGGCACGAAGCCCCAGAAGUACUCCUCGACGACACUGUUUGACGCCGCCGCCGCAGGCUACAACAAUAAGGGAGGGUGUUUGGAGGUAGACAUGCGAAAACUGACAGCCAGGGACGAGGAGGACGACGACGACGAUGUUGUCGAUGAAGACGAUGAGGACGAGGAAGAUGAGGAGGACGAAGACGACGACGACGACUACGGCGGGGUCGCGGUUGAUUCUCAUAUGGAGAAAGGCGCCGAAGAGAAGUCUGAGAAGGAAGUAAAAAGUCCAAUCAGUGAAAUGUUUGGCUCAAAGAGGCCUGAAUUUAUGGUUUCCAUGGCUGGAUACGGCUACAACAGCCAGGGGUUGCCAAGCAACUCCAGCUCACUCGCAAAGACUGAACACGAAGCAAAGACUGACUCUUCAUCCCUCGGUGGAAAGCCAACAGAUUUAGGAGCUACGGGUUUCUCUGGCUACUCCUCAGGGUUUGAGUACUCGUAUGGGAGUGGAGAGAAAGACUUGUUUUUAUCAAAUCAGACCCCAGAUAAAGGCAAAGAGGAUUUCACUUUGAAAUCAACAGAGGACAGUUAUUACCAGAAUCAAAAAGCUGAUGCUGAUUCUGAGAAACAGAAAACACCAGACCUUAUGAGUAAGUCCUCACUGGACACAAGCUUUCAGUACACGACCACCGCCGCCCCUGGCUACUCCUCCUCUUCGGCUUAUAGUUACUCCUCGUCCACCUCGGGCUCCCUCUCCACCAGCCGUCAGUUCGGAGAGGAGCUGGGGACGCCCGCCGAGCCUCUCUUUGAGUUCUCCUCCUUUAAAGAUGAACACUCGCCGGUCAUGGACUCUUCCUCCUCUGGCGGCGCCAAAGAUGACUAUCUGGAAGUGUCUGAGAAACAGAUCGCGGCUACAACCGCGGCCGAGUCCGCCUUCGAGGAGGUCCAGUCCUUCCCCUCGCUCUCGUCCGCCGCCUUUGCCGGAGACGAGAACGAGCAUACGACCUCAUUGGGUGGAGUCAUGGACCAAGACCCUCAAUCAGACUGCUUCUAUACGCCUGAAUGGUCCAAGCUGAACACGGCUGUUGGGUACGGGCCCUCAGCGGGACCGUUUGCUCAACAUUCAGACGUCUCCAAAGACAAAGAGGCGGCCAGUGCCGCUCUGUUUGGUGUCACUUCUUCACCGCGCCCUGACAUCGAAGGCAAGCAUUACUUUGAGGAGACGGACAGCAGCGAGGAAGAGGACGAGGAGGCUUACAUGCGUGAGAUGACUCGCAGGUCGCCUUCCGGCGGCCUUGCUGGGAGCCCCUCCUUUUCUGACAAGCCUGUUGCCCCAGCGGCCUGUGAAAAGACAGACGGUGGCCUCCCCAAUGUUCUCGGCUCCGACGUGCCCUCGACCGUCAACGGCCCCGCGGAGGUCAACGCGAGCGCCGGUGCGGCAGCCGGCGGUGCGUCUUCAGGCCCGGCCAAGGCGGAGCCCAGAGAGGGAGCAGCAGCGUACAGGAGCUCUUUCGAGUGGGAGUCAAAGUCCCAGAUGGCGAUGGUGCCCGGAGACUCCCCUCCUCACCACCGUCACGAAGACGAGUUCGAAGAGGAGUGUGAGAUGGAGCCAGAGCACCCGGCCCGCCCGCUGUCUCUCUCCUCCACCGAUCAGCCGUUUCGCUCCCCGUUCUACGCCGAGGAGCGCAGCCGAGGAGCGCAGGACGACGACGACGGCGACACGGACGCUGCCGGCGACGUGCCCACGGGAGCCGCCUCCUCUUACGCCAGUCGCAGCUCUCCUGGGUACUCCUCCUCCGAGAGCAGGCAGCCCAAACAGGACCUCUCGCCAUCCUUCAUGAACCCGUGCAUGCGGCAGUUGUCCAGCGACGAGGACGAGGAGGAGCGCGAACGCAGAAGCGAUCAAUCGCAAGAGGCCGACGGACUCGACCUGCCGGUCAAGACGAGGGCUCACGAGCUACCGCAUCGCCCCAGCGGCGCUCUGCAGUUGGCCGGCGGCACGUCGGCGGGGCUGGUUCUGGCCACGGAGGACACACCGCCCACCUCCAUCAGCGAGUCUUUGGGCUCCCAGUCGGACUCCGAUGCCCCUCCGGGCACCGAGGAGUUCCCUUUGGCCACCGGCGAAGGCAACAUGGACUCGGAUGAGGAUGCAGACUACAUGCCCAUUGAUAAACUAUCUGCCCCGGGAGGAGGCAGCCAUCAUUCCUCUAAGAGGAGCAACGACCCUCCUCCUGCUCCCCGCACGGACCCCUCCCCUCAGCCGCCAUGCCCGGACGUUUGCAUGGUGGACCCCGACGCUCUGGAUAACGGCUUAACGGUGAAGAAGGAGCCAAAAGCCAAGGGCUUGAAGAAGACCUCGGGCAAAACCAAGUCGGGCUCCCCGGCCAGGCGCAAGAGGUCGCCCAUGCCCGUCAAACAGAUGGCGUCUCCUCGCAGCGCCUCGCUGAAGAAGAAGGAGGCCGACAAGAGGUCCCGCACGUCUCGUCUGUCGGACGGUCAGGGAUCCAGAGACGACGAGCUCUCCCGGUCGAGCUACAACCCCGGCAAGACGUCGACCAACGGAGUCAAGAGCGGUUCAGGAUCCCAGAAGACCGGCCCUGCAGGCGCUCCCGGUCUUCCCAUUUAUGUGGACUUGGCCUACAUUCCCAACCACUGCAACGCCAAGAACGUGGACCAGGAGUUCUUCAAGCGCGUUCGCUCCGCGUACUACGUGGUCACCGGGAACGACGAGGCGAGCGGCGAGCCCGGCCGAGGCGUCCUCGACGCGCUGCUGGACGGGAAAGCUCAGUGGGGAUCGAACCUGCAGGUGACCCUGAUCCCGACCCACGACACGGAGGUGACCCGUGAGUGGUACCAGCAGACCCACGAGCGGCAGCAGGAGCUCAACGUCAUGGUCCUGGCCUCCAGCAGCACCGUCGUCAUGCAGGACGAGUCCUUCCCCGCCUGCAAGAUCGAGUUCUAGGACCCCCUUGUUCCCUCGUUCCCUCGUUCCCUCAUUCCCUCGUUCCCUCUCUCUUCUCUGGAGCCUGAUGUGCACGUCGGCUCUGUGCGGUCGAGCGACAGCAGAACCGAACCUGGAUACCCGUCUCUGGUUUUCUAGAUUUGUAUUUAUCGAUAAGCUCGUUUACACCACGACUUCCACCACGUUAUUAUUUCUCGGUACUUUUUAAUUCCCUCACUUUGAGUCUCAAGUGAGACGGGAAAAAAUUUCAUGUUUUCAAACAAUAAGAAAUUAAUGUUUUGGUUGCUCGUCUUUAAAAUUAGCCCAAAUCAGAGCACAAGUUUUCGCACUUUAAAGCAAUUUUUCUUCCACUGAAUCCCAAAUAAAUUGAAUAAGUUUUACCGAUCGGGGAAUAAAUGAAUCAACAAUACAAGUUAAUAACUUUACCAACUCUCCUCUAUUUAUGUCUUUCUUCCAGAAGACCUCGGCGGUCCCCGUGUUGAGCUUUGUGCCUCCUCCUAAACAUUCUGUGGUUCCCAGUACUCGUGGCGUAGCGUAGGGCAGCGUUCCAGACGUCUUCGUAGUGACUUGUGAUAUUUCUAUGGUGAAAAUCAAUUGUUUAUAUAAUAUAUAUAAUUGUGUUCUGUAGUCUGUAAGUCUCGGGGAGAACCGGAGGCGGCGAUUCCGGUGACAAAAACAAACAAAAUCCUCACUCCCGAUCUUUUGGAUUCCGCCCCGUUUAUAUAUAUAUAUAUAUAUAUAUAUGCUCAACAGCUCAACAGCACCCCUAGUGGACGAACCUCGCAUCGGUCUCGAAGAUCUUUGUACAAAAACGGCGCGUUGAAGAACGAAGAACGUAGAAUGUAUUCCACGACGAUGGGAGCGUGAGGCCCAGAGGUCAGAGGUCAGACCCACAUGUGCCUUUCUGUCCUGCUGUGCCGGAAGGUAAACAUUUUUUAUUUUUUGUUGUAGUCGUGGACAUUUUUUUUGAAGGCGGUCCUCGUGUUCCGGAGAGGUUCUCGGUCUCCUCCGUUGUUGUUGUUGUUGUGCGAGUCUCGGCGGUGCACAAACAACAAAAUUAUAAAUGUUGUACAUAUUGAGUGGAAAAACAAACAAAAAAAGGCGUUUUUAAACUCGAGUAUUUCAGAGCUUUUAGGAUAAGCACAAAGGGACCGCUGUGCAACGACUUCACAUCGAAGAACAACGACGCUCAGCGACCGCCGCGCUUCUUCUUCCGCUUACUUUAAAUAUAUGAUUUGCUAAAUAUAUAUUUUUCCGUAGCCGCCUCAUGCUUUUAGCACUUUAUUUAGUUUCGGUGAAUAAUCGGUGGAUGUUUUAAAGUAACACUUUACGACGUGUGCUUUUUAAUUUUAUAUUAAUAUAUAUUUUGUAUUAAGUACUUUUUAAGAGAUUUUAACCACGAACAAAACAAAAACCAAAAACAAACUACAACUAAAAACAACAACAAACCACAAUAAACUACAACAAAAAACAACAAACUACAACAAACCCCAAAAACAUCAAACUACAACAAAAAACAACAAACUACAACAAACUACAACAAAAAACAACAAACUACAACAAAAAACAAAAAACAAAAACACGCCUCACCAGGGUUCAUAUUUAUGAUCCGCAGUAAAACUAUUGAAAGAAAAGAUUUUCCUCUGUAUGAUAUUUUAAUCCCUUGACUGCGACGCAUGCACAACCGACUGCAUGUACACUUAAACAACAACAACAACAACAACGACAAAGCAGAAGGGCUGCGAGGGGCCGGGACCGCCUCGGCCUGAAUGUGAACGAUGCAGAUUUACCUUUACACUCUCUCACCUGGACGACUCUCAUCUCCUGGUUGCCUUGGUUACCGCGCAUCGGGUCCACCGGCGGUGAAGCAGCUCGACUCAAACUUGCGGUUUUCGUUCUUCGGACGACGAAAAAAAAACAUAAAAUAAAAAUAUGUCGAGUCACGUAGUUAAACACGGCUCGCUGCAUUCCUGUUUAAUAAUGUUUAAUACUGUUUAAUAAUGUUUAAUACGCCAGCGGGAGAACAACUCGCCGUGAGCAGACACUCAAACCCAGACUGCCAGACACUCAGAACCUUCGUGUCACGUGACUUUCAUAUCCGUCUCUUUGGAGCUCAACGUCGACACUCGCUGAGGUUUCGUAUAGCGUGCAAAAUAAAAACAAAUAAAACCACAAAAAAUACAAAUAUAAACUCAUCUUGGAUAAAGACUGCUUGUACGUGCAUGUGUACCUUUUAUUUUAAUUUUUUUCCGUUCUGUAUCGUAAUAGCUGAAGACGAAAAAAAAACCGACUUAACAUAGAAGUGCUAUUUUAAAAAGAUGUAUAUUCAAGAAACCGAGGAGGCGCAAGUUCACCUGGCGGUGUUUCUGCUUCUCGGUUCUCCUUUCAUCUCGUUUUGAAGUGCAAUAUUCACUCCAUCGCUCUUUAGAUGCUUACAACAACAAAAAGAUAUGAAAUAGAAAACAGAUUUAUUGUUAAAAAGGGAAACACGUGUGGUGAAGACCAAUAAAGACAUAAUUUACUGAACAGAAA